AUGGCAGUAUCAAAAGAGACCGCAGAGGAGGCACUCUUGGUCACCGAUUCGAACAACAAUCAGGAAGCACAAGAAGCUGCUGAUACUUCAGCUACUUCUAAAAGAGCCAAAUGGCAAUUCAGCCUCAUUGGUGGUGCAACCGCAUGCAUCGUCGUCCUAAUCAUCAACCUCGUUAUUACCAUCUGGUCAAGUGUGACCUUCGUCGGCAGCGAAACCGGGGAUAGGUAUGGCCUCGUAUUUAUCGCCAGUUGCUCUCUCCUUGGAUGGAGUGUCGACAUAAUCCCAGGCCCUAAAGAUCUCAAGACCCUCUGGAAUCUAGGAUUUGGCAGUACGAACGAGCUGACAUUGAUAUCAGGAAAAGGCUGGGACGAUGAAGACGAUAGCAGUCUUAUUGCCAAUAUUCUCCUGGCCAACCUUCCUCAACUGGUCUUCUCAUUCUUCUAUUUUCAAUAUAAUAGCCUUUUUACCUGCAUGGCUGCUGCUGCGGAAUGGAGUGCUUACGCCAAUAAAAGGAGGUCUCUACGCGUAUCAUCUAACCCAAGAGGCAAGCAACGAUCGCGAUACUUCCUGCAACUACCAUACCGCUAUAGCAUCCCCCUAUUGUUAGCUUCCAUUUUGAUGCAUUGGAUGCUCUCGCAGAGUAUCUUUGUGGUCGCUAUUGAACAAUCGGGGCGCUGGAAACUAUUCACCAGUGGAUACUCACCCAUCGCCAUGAUUUUCGUCAUCAUCAUUGCUGCAUUCAUGGCUGCUGCGGUUAUAAUUACAGCACUACGGCGUUUACCGACUAUCAUGCCUGUCGCUGCAAGUUGCAGUUUAGCGAUUGCAGCUGCUUGCCACCACCCAGAUAACAAACCGCAGCCGGACGCUUCCGUUUCUCGUCUUCAAUGGGGUGUUAUGCAGCGACAGAGAGAUGAGUUGGGUAGAGAGCUUACGGGCCACUGUGGAUUCUCUCAAUACCCAGUAGAGAAGCCAGAAUGGGGGAUUGUAUACCGUUGA